CAAUAAUUCAUCAAUGUCUUUGUUCUUACCCCUUCCAGAGCUCUUCUCUCCUCCAGAAAUAAAAGCCUCAUACUGGGUAGUAGAAGGAGAUGAGAUGAUGGUGAGAUGUGACACCAGACUGGAUCCUCUCAGAGGCGGCACAGAGCUGCACUUUGCCUUCUACAGAGAUGGACGGACUGUGCGGGGAUACAAUGUAUCUGAUACAUACAGAGUGCGGUCAUCUCAGCUGGAGGAUUCUGGGAAAUAUACCUGUGAAGUGAGGACGGCAUCUGACACUGUGAGGAAGAGGAGUGAUGGGUUCCAUAUCCAGAUAAUUAAAGAAUUUCUUCUGAGAAUACUUCCUGCGGCCAUAGUUGGGAUUCUGUUGAUUUUGACCAUCUCUGCUGUCUUCAUCUGGAAAUACAGAAAUAAAUGGCGUUCUUGUCCUCGCAUAUGUCCAAAGCAUGGCCAGUCAAUAACUAUAACAGUGACUGAUGCAGAUCCGGAUCCACAGGACAUCUGUUACACUUACCCGGAUAUAAGUCACUUGCCCCAAGGUAAUAAAGUAAAAAAGGACGAGUUGACUGUUACAUAUGCUACACUGAAUUAUUCAGAUAUCUAUGAACAAAGUUUAAGACCUAGAACAGAUAAGGUUGACUCUGGCACAUUCUCUUUGUGACAUUGGAAGUUCUUUUGAGGUUUUCACUUCUUGAGGAGCAACAAACACCCAAUAGAUAAGAAGACCUCAGUGAAAGCUUUUCUCUGUCAAUGGAUGCCUUGUUCCUAUAAAUGCAAAGCUUUUACAUUUUGAAGUUGACUCUGUCACUUUCUCUUCGUGACGUUGGAAGUUAUUUUUGAGGUCCUCACUUCUUGAGGAGCAACAAACACCCAAUAGAUAAGAAGACCACUGUGAAAGCUUUUCUCAGUCAAUGGAUGCCUUGUUCCUAUAAAUGCAAAGCUUUUACAUUUUGAAGUUGACUCUGGCACUUUCUCUUCGUGAUGUUGGAAGUUCUUUUUGAGGUCCUCACUUCUUGAGGAGCAACAAACACCCAAUAGAUAAGAAGACCUCAGUGAAAGCUUUUCUCGGUCAAUGACUGCCUUGUUCAUAUAAAUGCAAAGCUUUUACACUUUGAAGUUGACUCUGGCACUUUCUCUUCAUGACGUUGAAAGUUCUUUUGAGGUCCUCACUUCUUGAGGAUCAACAAACACCCAAUAGAUAAGAAGACCUCUGCACUCCAUCAUUAGCCAUCCUUGCACUUAUGUGCAGCGUUUUUACGCUGAAAAACAACCUAAUUACCUCCCUGCCUGUUCCUCUCCAUACCCUGCUGUGUCCUGUGCCUGUAUUGCGACGAUCUCGCACACCCACGGCCGCCGCUAUCUUCCUGGCCUGUGACUUGCUGGAGUGAGCCAUCCUGGCCUGGCUGCGAGUUAAGGGACCCCCUCUCGUCAUUCUUCCUGCCCAUCCACAGGCCUGGUACGGUCCGGUGGCCAGCCGGACCACUAAAACUGCCCGUCACGGCCUGGUCUGGCCUAGUGUGGCCUAGUGAAGCCUGCAGAUCAC